GGACUAAAUAAAGUCAAUGGUAUAAAAAAAGAGAAGGAAUUAUCAUCCUAAAUUAGUUGCAGACACUUAGUAGCUAUUUAAGCACAAAUCAAAAAAGGCUGAAAGUAACUAAAAGUAGAGAACAAAUCACCUAGAGAAUUCAGAAUCUUUGUCACUCUUUCACUAUGGAAUCUUUAAGAAUCCACUUUCUCUUUUUUAUACAGUAAUUUAGAACUUUCAAUUCCAUCAUUUCCCUUAAAAGUUUAUACCCUUUUAGGCCACCAAAAGUUCUCAACAUCUCUGACUGCACUAUUAUUGAAUAUCAACAAAUAAAGGUGGGGGGUGGUGGAACAGGAGUGGACCCCACUGAGAUGUAAGUCCAAGGUAACAAGCCAAGGGGAAAAGAAAAGAGUCUACAUCUUUUCUCAUCCUCACACUAUCCAUUUAUGGCCCAAUUCUUGGUCUUAAUUCUUUUAACUUAGAGUCCACCCAAAGAGAUUAGGAUUCAAGAUGGGAUUUUAUAAAAAAGUUUCUAUUUUUAUAAUUUUUGUUAAUUCAUUUCUUUGGAUAAAAAAUCUUGAAUUUUUAAGGUGAAUCUCAUUCUAGGUGUUGGUAUUUGUACUAUUUUCAUUAGUUGUAGAGUCCAUCUCUGUUGCUUUUUCUUUGUUUUAUUCAGGUGGAUCUAUUCUAAUAAUUGGUCUAUGUAAAAAUAUAAUCUUUUUUAUCUUUUCUUUUCUUUUGGCUCUUUCAUUGACUAGAUGUUGUUCAUUUUGCUUCUUCCUCAUUCUUGAAUUGAAAGUUUAUUGUAUUUGCAAAGUGGGGUUGGGAUGUUUGGGUCUGGAAUGAAUCUGAUAACCACAAUAAUUGGUUUUGGGAUGAGUGCAACUUUUAUUGUGUUUGUGUGUACUAGACUGAUUUGUGGGAGGAUAAGCAGGAGGCAAUCAAGGCAAAUGUUUGAAAUUGAAUCAGGAAUUGAUCUUGAACUGCCAGAGCAUCGAAUUAACGGGCUGGACUCAGUUGUGGUUGCUGCAAUUCCGACCAUGAAAUUUCACAGUGAGGCUUUCGCCUCCUCGGAAGAAGAUACACAGUGCAGUAUAUGCUUAUCGGAGUACCAGGAGAACGAAGUUUUGAGAAUUAUGCCCAAAUGUGGCCAUAGUUUUCAUCUUUCAUGCAUUGACAUAUGGCUAAGAAAACAGUCUACCUGUCCAGUUUGCCGUCUUUCCUUACAAGAAUCUAUUGAAAACAAACAAAGGCGCCCUGCGAUGCUUGGCAGGGAUCAAAACUCUGAUAGCUCUGAGAUUUCAUUGGAGCAUUCAAGGCAGUGGCUGCUACGUACUGCUGAACGGUCACAAGGUACUGUAAGUAACAGCAACGAAGCUGUUUCUGUAUCAAUCAACCCUGAACCUGAGGUCUCUAGGGUAGCAGAAGCAAGGUCAUGAUGGAAGGCAAACAUAGAGGGUACCAUAAGAAACUACGCCUUCUGUUUGCAUUCAGAUGUUUCGUUGUAUCAGGCCUAUCUUAUUGGAGACCGACAAAUUUGACUGAUUGAUCUGAACAAGAAGAAUCUGAAGCCAAGGAAGGAGGACACAGAAUCUUCUAUAGAUGGAUGUUGCAUACAACUGGUUAGGAGUUGUAGUUGCACUCUUUUAGCAGUUCAGAGAUUUUGGACCAAGUUUGUGGUACACUGGUUAUCCCAUCAAAACAAAGCGCGUCUUAUAUCAUGUUGUACGAUGUCAAAUCCUCUGUAGUAUCACUGUAAAGAAGGCGUUUAGAAUCUCCGUUUUUCAUCAUAGACAUUACCAUAGUCCUCUUUGAAAUGCUCAAGAAUUGGCUCAUUUGAAGGUCAUGUACUCUAUAUGAGCCUUCUUAUACCUUUUUAGUAAUUGACAGUCAAGAUAUUCUUUUAAGUUUUUAA